AAAGCAUAGAAUGCGUGGAGUGUUAGGAGUAAUAGGAGGGCAAGCAGUUUGUAUGAGUCCAGAUGCUGUUACAGAUUCGGUGGUGGAAACUUAUGUUUUUUCUGAAUGCUGCUCUAUAAUAGUGAAAUAUUGUAAGUGAAAUGUUACAGUAUGCAGCUGAGAAACAAAUAUGAAAGAGUAAGUGUUAGGGGCUUGGGGGAAAGGGAGAAAGCUGAAAUGAUUGCUACAAGAGGGAGAGAGUAAAUGAACUUGGGAAAUGUGUGAGAGUCAGAUACCGUGAAGAGCCCAUUUGCUGUUCUUGGGUUUGUACUUAAGGUGAAAGCAGAUGAUUUUACUGUUUUUCUCCUUGUGUGCAGGCACAGAGUAGGUGAAGAGUUAAAUUUUACCAGGUUUGGGAUUUGCCAUGCAUGCAUGACAGAGCAGAGGCAUUGAGCAUGGAAGACAGUGAUGAUUUUGGUUGAUCAUGAAGUUUAAGAUUGAUGGGAAAUAAGACCAAGAUUGCAAAAUGUCCUUUAAGAAUAAAACAAACUGGAUACAUUCUAAAGUCAACUCAAAAUACUUGUAUCAGGAGUGAAAAACUUUUCGAAAAGAAGAGAAUUGGUUCAGAAACUUCACUGGCAAAAGGUGAAAAAAAUAGUAUGGCUUUUUCACCCAGUAAGGAUUUGUGCAAGCAGUAUGCAGAUAGCGAGUGUCUUUAUAUCCAGAAAGAGAUUUCUCCUGCAAUCCCUAAUAUACAGAAGACUAGAAACACCAUAAGUACAUCUGUAGUAGCUAAACAGAAGCCUUGCAGAAAACACAUCACAGCUGAAGAUACGAAGAGCAGUUUGGUGUGUCUAACACAAGAACAAGUACAACAGAUUUUGAUGACUUUAAACCAAGGAAAUAGAUCUAUUUCCCUGACUGAGAAUGGAAAUGAGGAAACAAGUCAGUACAGUCUACAUUUAAACAGUAUUCCUAAUCAACCAAAGAAGGAGAACAUUAUAGGAGUACUGCAGAAAACUGAGGCAGAAUCAUCUGUUCAGGAUGAAAAUAAGUCUGUUUUAAAUACAAAUCAGGAGAUAUCUCAGCAGUAUGAGCAAGAAAUUGCCAUAGAAAAUGUAUGGAAACCAGCAGACAUAUUCAGUACUCUGGGAGAAAGAGAGCUUGAUAGGAGUUUGUUAGAAGCAAAAAAAGCCCAGUGGAGAAAAGAGCUUGAUGAACAGGUUGCUUUAAAGAAGAAAGAAAAGGAAGCUUCUGAAAAAUGGAAUAAUCCUUGGAAAAAAUCUGAAAGUGAUAAAAUAGUAUGGGAAAAAAUUCUUGACCAGUCUAAGACUUCUGCUAGCUCUAUGAGCAUGCUUUCAGAGUCUCCCAGUCAGGUAACUGUGGUCCAGGUGGAUGGGCCCUCACUACCUAGAACUAGUCAGACUUCAGAGGAAGCCGUGCCACUGGAGCCCCCUUUCAGUGCUUUGAAACAAGAACAGCAGAGAAAAUGGAUUGAAGAGUUGAAUAAGCAAACAGAUGAUCGGCAAAGAAAAAUAGAGGAAAAAACGGCAUCAUUAAAGGGUGAGGAACAUGACAGAUGGGCAGUGCGUUUUGAUUCCUUAAAGAGCAAUCCUGGUUCUCAAUCUCAACUGUCUUCUCAGUCACCACACAAACAACCAGAGUACUUGUGUGUCUCUCCGGACAUUCAGAAGCUGGCAGAUAACAGCAGUGUCUGUACACCUACAGCUGGAAGUCAGGUUGAGCCUUCAGAGGAGGAGCAUGUAGCAGAACCUAUUAGAAAUGUGGCUGUGGCAAAUGGCCACAAAACAAACUUCCUCCGUUCAAUGACUGCUCUCUUGGACCCAGCUCAGAUUGAGGAACGAGACAGGAGGCGACAGAAACAGCUAGAACAUCAGAAAGCCAUCGCUGCUCAGCUGGAAGAGAAGCGCCGGAUGCAGCAGCUGGAGGACGAGCAGAGGAGGAGGGAAGAGGAGGAGGAGGAGCGCCGCCUGGCACGGCAGCGAGACGCGAUGCAGAGACAGCACGAGGAGGACGUGCGGAAGCAGAGACUGAAGGAAGAGAUCGUGACUCUCAAGACAAAUGAGCUGUACCAGACGAUGCAGAGAGCACAGGAGCUGGCACAGAGACUGAGACAGGAACAGAGAAUCCGAGAAUUGGCCAAGAAGGGACAUGACACUUCUAGAUUGAUCAGAAAUCUUGGCAAUGAUUUUCUCUCGCCAGUUGAUAGAACACAAAUGGAGUAUAAUGCAUCUACUCACAACAUUUCAGAUUCAAGACAUGACUUGGAUGAAGUCAGUGAUAAACUGAAUACAUGUGUCAAUAAUAGAGCCUCUCCAAAGAAAGAUACUGCUGUGCAAACAGAUGACUUCAAUACAGGCAUAUUCACUAAUGCCGAAUCAUGCUGUGGAUCAGUGACAGAGAGGGAAAUUAUCAACUGCCCAUCUCCUGAGGUUCCUGCUGAACUUAACCAACAGUUUAACACCAAGAGAAACAAGCCAGAAGUGCUCAGUCAGGGCGCAGGAGCCGAGCUACAGAAAGAAGCCAGUUGGUGCAGUGACCAGCUCGUAGGAACACAAAAAAGAAAACACGUGACAUGUCCUAAAAGGCCUGACUGGAAUAUAAACAAACCACUCAAAAGAUAUAUUCCAGCAUCAGAAAAGUACCCUAAACAACUUCAAAAGCAAAGAGAAGAAAAAAAAGUACGAAGGCAGAUGGAACUGCUUCAUUUGGUAGAAAGAAACAGUCCUGGGCCCCCUUCCCAGAAUAGAGGAACGUCACCAGCAGCUCUGGAUGUCAGGGGACAUCCAGUCAGAACGGAAGAAGAGACUCUGAAAAGUCAUUCAUUCAGCAAGGAAAGGUCUCAAUCACCACCCCUUUCAGCAGCAAAAAACAGAACCCAACAAACUCAGACACUAAAAAGCAGCCAUUAUGAAAGAGAAAAUCUGGUAUCGGGAAGUAAUCAAACAGAAUUACCACCUGGGAUUUCUGAACCAUCCAAUUUUAUUCCGUAUGUGCGAACCAGUGAGGUCUAUUACCUUGAUCCAGACGCACCACUGUCUAGGCCUUUAACCCAGGAGCCUCAGUGUCACCCUCCACAGGACUGUGAGCAAGAACUGUUUGAUUAUGACCACACGAGGGACCCCCUCCUUAAUCCUAAUGUGGUGAAAAACCGGGAUCGUCAGGAAGCAAUCCUUAAGGGACUGUCGGCACUGAGACAGGGCCUUCUCCAGAAGCAAAGGGAGUUGGAAACAAAUCUCAUGCCUUUAGCUGCAAAUCAAGAGGAGAAUUUUAGUCCUUCAUUUUAAAUGUAGAAAAUGUUCUUGUUGCUUAGCUGUAGUUUUCAAAUAGAUUUCUAAAAUGCUUAUUUAAAACUUGUACCUUAUCUAGUAAAAUGCUGUGUGUAUAAUUUUUACAAUAAAAGACAUUUUUGUAAAAACUUAAAAAAAAAAACCCUAUUUUUCUGCUCUUGUUUCAAGCUGGGUAAUUAAGCCCUAUAUAAAAAAACACAUUCUACUUACCUUGACACAGUCUGGAGUUUCUGACCUGUUAACAUCCUUAUACAUACACACUUUUUAAAAUAUGUAGUUCAUUAAUUGAAAUACCACAUUAACUUUGCUCUAUAAAACGAUUUAAAAGGGUAGAACUCCAAAAGUUCUUUUGAGGUGCCAAAAGGUAGGUCUGAUUUAACACAUCCCAGCUGUGACUAAAAUAACCCCCAGUUUGGGCUCAUGGAAAUUUUUGUGACUUUGAAAACUGCAGUUU